UGCCUACAUAUUUUGGGGUUGAGAGGGAGAAAAUCUCAAAGUAACUAGGACCAUCCGCCGGCUUCAAAACCUCUGCUCUCUCCUUAUCUUCUUUUCUUCCUUCACUCUCUCUACCCUAGAGAUAUGUCUUCUCUUACCAAACCCUUAAUCAAGAAUUUAUCAAUGGCGACCAAUUCUUGCCUUAUCUCUCUUCCACCCUUCUUCACUACAACCAAAUCCAUGUCUUUUAUUUCAACCCCAUUAAAACCCAUCUCCCUUUCUUCCUCUUUAUCUCUUAAAAAGACCACUACCCAAUUCCCAUCUAUUGUUUCUGUAGUGGCUGCUCUGCAAGAUGAUGACAGCAGUGUUGGCCUUGAAGAUAAAGAACAAGGUGGGGAAGCGCUUAGCUUUGAUUUUGCAAGUGUUGGUGAUGCAGGGGAGAGUGAUGAGGCUGAGGCUGAGGCAGAGGAGUAUCAAGAACCUCCGGAAGAUGCGAAAUUGUUCGUUGGGAAUUUACCCUAUGAUAUAGACAGUGAGGGGUUGGCUCAGUUGUUCCAACAGGCUGGUGUUGUUGAGAUUGCUGAGGUCAUUUACAAUAGGGAGACUGAUAGAAGUCGUGGAUUCGGGUUUGUGACAAUGAGUACCGUGGAAGAAGCUGAGAAAGCUGUAGUACUGUACAACCGUUAUGAUCUCAAUGGAAGGCUCUUGACAGUCAACAAAGCUGCUCGAAGAGGAUCACAGCCAGAACGUCCACCUCGAACAUUUCAGCCUACUUACAGAAUCUAUGUUGGCAACAUCCCAUGGGACAUUGAUGAUGCACGCCUUGAGCAAGUCUUCAGUGAACAUGGUAAAGUAGUAAGUGCUCGGGUGGUUUAUGACAGAGAGUCUGGAAGGUCACGAGGCUUUGGUUUUGUGACAAUGUCAAGUGAACCUGAGAUGAGUGAAGCAAUAGCCAACCUUGAUGGACAGACUUUGGAUGGGAGGACGAUCAGGGUAAAUGCUGCUGAAGAAAGACCUAGGCGCAACACAUUUUGAUUUUGAUCAUAUGUUUUAUUUGUUCGAUUGCAUAGCAGUGGCAGUUGUGCAGUUAUGAGCAGUUAGAUUUUCAUCAGACGUCUUUAAUUUUGCUCUCUACUUGUAAGUUUUUAUUUGUUGAUUACUUAUAUAGGGCACAGCGACUUUUUUUGUGUUCUUUCUUCUUUCUUUCUACCGCUCUUACCCUUUGGGGGGACUCUGAAGUAGAGGAUUGAAUGCUGUAAGAUUUUCAAUUCUAUUUGUGGUAGUUCUCAUUUGCCGUUAGCUUUACACCUUGAUGUUGAUAAAACUGAUUCAGACAUUUGGAAGCAAAAUGGAUUGGAAGCUUUACUAUGAUUAA